UCGGUUAAAGAAGUUAAAACCUACCACCAGGCGCGCACUUUAAGGCCUUUGAGAAAAAAUGCACAGAAUUCUUCAGAUUCUAGUUUUGAUAAGAAUAUGGAAGUAAUGGAGAAGCAUGCUAAUGGCAGGCAUUUUACAAGGUAAUACAGGACGGUUGAACACUAAUUCAAAAUAGUUUUAAAGUAGUAAUUUAGGAUUUGCAUUUAAUUUUUAAAGUGUAUUCGAGACCAGUUAUCAAGAUUCCAGGCAUUUUAAUGUAAUUUAUUUGAAAUGAAUUUGUGACAAAUGAAGAUUAUUGAAUUAAAAAUUAAUAUGUACACAGUUUGAUUUUAUUUUCAUGUUCAGAGACAAUAUUUGAGAUAAGGUUGGUUGACGCAGGACCAGUUCUCUUAUGUACCUGAGUAUCCAAAGAGUCUUCUUGUGACUGUAUCUUGCUGGUGAUAUUUAGCUCUGCUUUAAUUUCUACAAAGCCUUUGUUCAAGGCAGUAACUAUUUCUGAAUGCUUGUUUCCAAUUUUUUCAUCAAUUCUGAGUUAUUUAUGAACUUCUCUGUGCUGAUAUGCUCCAAAGCAGUCUUCACAAAGAGGCAAAACGUGAUUUUUUUUUUCAACUAGUUUAAUAUGUGCCUGUUAGAUGCCUUAUAUGUAUUUUAAUUUGCUUUCUCAUGAACACUGAGGUAGGUGCUGUGAAUCGCAUUUUAACACGUAAGGAGUAGAUAGUUUGGCUCAAUUCAUGGAACGGAGGUUGGUUGGGUUAAGAGCAGGGUUUAAAUCUAAGCUAAGUUUAAUUAACUCAAAACCUUUACUUUUUUCCUAUCUUGAUAGGGCUUAACAGAAAUGGGGGGAAAGCCCCAAUUAGAGAAAAUUUCUUUGAUGAAAUAAUUGUUUUUACUUUAAUUCUUUUUUAAAGAAACUAUUGAUAAUGAUGUAGAAGUUUAGACCCCUCCUACUCUUAAAUAAAAUUUUGAUUCUUAUUUUGUAUAGCAAAUUUUCCAGGUAAGUGAGGGUAAGCCCUUGUUAGUUUCUGAGAUUUUUGUUCUUGUUAUUUUUUUCCAGUUAUUUAAUUAGUCUUUUAUUAUGCAUUUUUAAAUUUGCAUUUCAUCCAUUAUUUAUGGGACACCAGCAAUUUAAACACACAUUCUUUGAAACAUUAAACAUGAAAGAACACUGACAGUUAAACUGUGACAUGCCAUCAAUUGUAAGACAUAUCCCAAUUUCAGAGAUUUUAAAAUAGGGCGAAAUAUACAACUUUUAGAAUCAAUGAAAUUGAUUAUAAGCUAGUCUGGUCUUUCUGAAACUUAAAGUCUUCAGGUUUAUUUCUGGAGUCCAUGAAUUCUAUAUGAUAAUUUUUAAAUUAUGUUUCAUGAUGUGAGGAAAAAAUUAAACAUAUUCUAGAUUAUCUAAAUUACCACCUUAUAGAGAAUUGUCAUAAAAUUUUAGGCCCUACAUUUGUGCUUACAAUUGAAUUGACAUCAAGUAGUAUUACAUUAGUUAUGUCAGGUUCAUGAGAUAAGAACAGAAUCUGACUUAAUACAUGGAUGGUGCAUGCACUGCCAGAAGAAAGGUCAUGUGAUAUGAUAUCGUGACAUACUGUUCAAAUGAAGAUUUGGAGCACUUCAGAGAAAAACAGAUGAAUUGAGUCAUUGUGACAGACAACAGUGUAAGUAUGCCAAACUCAAGAGAAACCAUUAGCAAUCAGUACCAUAUUCACAGAGCAAAUAACUAUUUUGUUUCAGCAAAACCUCAUAUUUUGUUAAUAUUUUUUGUUAUUGGUGGUGGUGGUUUAUCGUUUUAUUUGUAUAAAACUUAUAAAUGGAUUUAGAUCUAGUUUGGUUUGUCAGUAUUCAUACAAAAAAUUAAUAUUGCAGGUCCUCAAAGUUUUUACCUUUGAAAGGAUCUAUGUAUUAUUCAGAUAUGUAAAAUAUUGUGCUGGGCUUUAUGCUAGAAAAGUAUUAAGGGAGUAUAUUACAACAUGUAUUUUUUGAUCUGGAUUUAAAGGUGAAUAGCUUGGUAUUUUUAAGUUUGAUUCUUUCUAAAACAUAUUGAAUUGCUGUCUUUUUCAUUAAUUAUUUUUUAGUAACUGCUUACUGAGAUAUAAUUCACAUUCCACAGAAUUCACAACUUUAUACAAUGUUGUGGUUUUAGUAUGUUGUACAACCACCACCGCUAUCUAAUUUCAGAACAUUUUCAUCACCUGUUAGCAAUCACUUCCCAUUCCAUUCUACCCCCAGCCCCUGGCAACCAUUAGUCUUCUUUCCAUCUCUAUAAAUUUGCCUAUUCUGGACAUUUCAUAUAAACGGAAUCAUACAAUAUGUGGCCUUUUGUGUCUGGCUUCUUUCCCUUGGCAUGUUUUCAGGGUACACUCAUGUUAUAGUAUGUAUCAAUACUUUGUUUCAUUCCUUUAUAUUGCCACAGAUACUCCAUUGUAAGGCUGUACCACAUUUUAUUUAUCCAUUCAUCAGUUGAUGAACAUUUGGGUUGUUUCUACUUUUUGACUAUUACAAAUAAUACUCUGUGAACAUUUGUAGACACAUUUUUGUGUAGACAUGUUUUCAUUUCUCUUGGGUAUAUAUAUAUGCCUAGAAGUGGAAUUAUUGGGUCAAAUGAUAAUUGUAUGUUUAUGUUUUGAGGCACUGCCAGACUGUUUUCCAGAGCAGCUUCACCAUUUUGCCAAUCCCAAAAUAGUGUAUGAGAGUUCCAGUUUCUCCACAUCCUUACCUCCAUUUGUCCAAAAUCAUCUUUUUAAUUUGAGCCAUUUUAGUGUGUAUGAAGUAUCUCAUUGUGAUUUUGAUUUUCAUUUCCUUAAUGGCUAAUAAUGUGGAAUAUCUCUUUAUGUGCUUGUUGGUCACUUCUGUGGAGAAGAAAUUCUGUCUUCUUAAAUAAAAAAUAUCUUACUUCAAAUUGUCAUUACAAAUACUAUUUAUUAUUUUACGUGGUAGAAUAGUGAGAACAUCAGGAAACGUUUGUAUGUGGCUUAUAAAAAUUAGCCUAUAGUAUUUUCGACUUCUGCUUUAUGUAGUUUUCCUGUGUCUUAACUGGCUGACCCUUCCACUGCUGUCAUUUUGCCUAGCUAUGAUAAUCUCUUUACUUCCUUCCUUUCUGAUUUUUUUUUCCUUUGUUUUUAACCUGUUUGAGGCUCAAAAUCUAGGUGACCAUGAUUGUUAGACUAAUAAACAAAGGUACAUAAAAUAAUGCAUAAAGUAACUAACUUGAUGGCAGGAUCUAUAUUUCUUUGAUCCUUGGUUCUUAAACUAGGGUCCUGUGGUUGUGGAUGAUCUUCAGGUUCAUGAAACCUCUGAAGUAGUGUUUAAACUUGUAAUUUUCCGGGGGAGAAAAGAUCUGUAGCUUUCAUAAGAUUCACAAGGCUUGGCAAACCUCUAGCUAUCUGUUUUUGUAAAUAAAAGUUUCAUUGGAACACAGCCAUGCCUGCUCAUUUUGCCUGUGACUGCUCUCACCCUACAAUGGCAGGGUUGAGUAGCUGUAUAUGAGUCAGAAUCGUCUCCAUGGCAGUGGGCUUGGGUUUUUUUUUUUUUUUUUAUGACUCAGCAAGCCUAAAACAUUUACUAUCUAGCCCUUUAAGAAAAAGUUUACCAACCGCUCUAAGGGUAAAGCGCCUUCUUUUUCUUUCCCCACCUAGCAAAAAAGAAAGAAAAACAGUGCUUUAAUCAUUGUGUCCCUAGUACCUAAUAGGGCCUCCUUUAUUAAAAGUGUAGACCAACAUGGUGUGGAGCGGCUCCUCUAUGAGAAAAGUUUAGGAGCCUGUGAACAAAGUAGACCAUGACCUGUAGAUGAGUUGCUCCAAGACUUUUAUUUUGUUUUUGGUUCUUACUUGUGUUCCAAGACAGGUAAGGAAUUAAUGAUGAUAUAUUGUUACGAAAAUACACAAAUCAACUCUGUGGAUAAGAUGGUUUUGUUUUCUUUUUAAAGUGUAAUAUUUGAAAUUCCACAUGUAUAAACCAGCUCACUUGCAAAUAGCUUGAGAUAUAGGUUCAUUAACCGAUACAGCCUGCCCAAGUACAGAAAAUUGAGUGCCUAAAAAUAAGUUAAUGAAAUAUACUGUUUUGUUUGCUUAAUGGAUUUUUGAAGAAAAAAAAAAUGAGGGGAGGAUACCUUUUUUUUUUAAGCUUUGGAAAGUGUUCUUUCCAGUUCAGUAGGUUCUGCCUGCCAGUUUGUAGGUGAGAUAUCAGAUUUACAAAUGGAACUGUUUACAUAUGUGAGUGAUAAUAAUGAUGUCACAUAAACAUUGUAGCCAACAAAUGUUCUUAAAAGGCAAUUAACAUGUUGCUAAGGGACAUUAGUUCUGUUUAUACUUAUAAAUUCCCUGAGAAUCAGAGACCACUAUAUCCCUAUGGAGUAAAACACUUUGUCUUUUUGUUCAAUGCUUAGUUGAAGUAUACUUGUAAUACUUAAGAAAGCAUUUCAUUUCUUGUUUCACGUAAGAUGCUUUGAUUUGAUUAAUUUUGUUUAGCUAAGAGUUAAUGCAUAUAUCCUUGAAUUUCACAGAAGAAUUCUCAGACUUUGUUUAGUCAUAACUUAUAUUAAACAUAUAUAUUGUGGAGCCAUUUUUUUCAGUGUGUUUUAGGUAUCUACAGGUAUUACUCUCCAGACUGAUUUAACUUUUUGUCUUAGUUUAUAGCACCAUGGAAUAUAACAUUUAAGGUUAUGUCAAUUAUUUUGAACUAUUUAAUAUAUUUUUUCAUAUAGGCAGUUGGCCAGACAGCAGGCUGAUAAAAAAAAAGAAGAGUGUAAGGAAGUUUUUGGCUGUCACAAGUGAAGCUGCUUUGAACAUUUGUCUACAAGUCUUUAUAUUACAUAUUUUUCCUUUUCUUUUGAGAGUUGAAUGGCUGGGUCAUAUGGUGGGUAUAUGCUAUAAUUUUGUCUUUGUUUUAUAAUGUUUUUAAGAAAGAUAAGUUUAAGAUUCUAUGAUUUUGUUAUAUGAGUGGCUUUUCAACUGUUCGUUUUAGAAUCGUAAAUACUAUUAUUUAAAAUUUUGCCGUUUAUUUUUAUGAACACAUCUAUGAAGACAAAGUGAUUCCAGUUACUCGGUCAUUGAGGACUAGAAACAUCAUUCAAACUACAGAGCACGUGCGUGAAGAGAAUGGUGAUGUUGAAGUUCGCCGCAGUUGUAGGAUUAGAAGUCGUUAUAGUACUGUGAACCAGUCCGUGCUAUUUGACAAACUUAUAACAAACACUGCUGAAGCUGUACUUCAAAAAAUGGAUGACAUGAAGAAGAUGCGUAGACAGCGAAUGAGAGAACUUGAAGACUUGGGAGUGUUUAAUGAAACUCAAGAAGGGAAUCUGAAUAUGUACACAAGAGGAAAACAAAAACGUAUCCAAAGAACUGAUGAAGAAACAACAGAUAAUCAGGAAGGCAGUGUGGAAUCUUCUGAAGAGGGUGAAGACCAAGAAGAUGAAGAUGAUGGUGAAGAUGAAGAUGAUGAUGAAGAAGAUGGAGAAGAAGAUAAUCAGAAACGAUACUAUCUUAGACAGAGAAAAGCUACUGUUUACUACCAGGCUCCAUUGGAAAAACCUCGUCAUCAGAGAAAGCCCAAUAUAUUUUAUAGUGGCCCAGCUUCUCCUGCAAGACCAAGAUAUCGAUUGUCUUCUGCGGGACCAAGAAGUCCUUAUUGUAAACGAAUGAACAGACGAAGGCAUGCAAUCCACAGUAGUGACUCUACUUCAUCUUCCUCUUCUGAAGAUGAACAACAAUUUGAGAGGCGAAGGAAAAGGAGCCGUAAUAGAGCUAUCAGCAGUAGGUGCCUCCCACUCAACUUUCGGAAAGAUGAAUUGAAAGGAAUUUAUAAAGAUAGAAUGAAAAUUGGAGCAAGCCUUGCUGAUGUUGAUCCUAUGCAAGUAGAUUCUUCAGUACGGUUUGAUAGUGUUGGUGGCCUGUCUAAUCAUAUUGCGGCUCUAAAGGAGAUGGUGGUUUUUCCAUUACUUUAUCCAGAAGUCUUUGAAAAAUUCAAAAUUCAGCCUCCAAGAGGUUGUUUGUUUUAUGGUCCUCCUGGAACUGGAAAAACCCUGGUUGCUAGAGCCCUUGCCAAUGAGUGCAGUCAAGGGGACAAAAGAGCAGCAUUUUUCAUGAGGAAAGGUGCUGACUGUCUGAGUAAAUGGGUAGGGGAAUCUGAAAGACAGCUACGAUUGCUGUUUGACCAGGCCUAUCAGAUGCGCCCAUCAAUUAUUUUCUUUGAUGAAAUUGAUGGUCUGGCUCCAGUACGGUCAAGCAGGCAAGAUCAAAUACACAGUUCUAUUGUUUCCACCCUGCUAGCUCUUAUGGAUGGAUUGGACAGCAGAGGAGAAAUUGUGGUCAUUGGUGCUACCAACAGACUCGACUCUAUAGAUCCUGCUUUACGAAGGCCUGGUCGCUUUGACAGAGAAUUCCUUUUUAGCCUACCUGAUAAAGAGGCUCGAAAAGAAAUUCUAAAAAUUCACACAAGAGAUUGGAAUCCUAAACCACUGGACGUGUUUCUAGAAGAGCUAGCAGAAAACUGUGUUGGAUACUGUGGUGCAGAUAUUAAGUCGAUAUGUGCUGAAGCGGCUCUAUGUGCUCUACGUCGACGCUACCCACAGAUCUAUACCACUAGUGAGAAACUACAAUUGAAUCUCUCUUCGAUUAAUAUCUCAGCUAAAGAUUUUGAGGUGGCUAUGCAAAAGAUGAUCCCAGCCUCUCAAAGAGCUGUGACAUCACCUGGGCAGGCACUGUCCGCCAUUGUGAAACCACUCCUGCAAAGCACUGUUCACAAGAUCUUGGAAGCACUACAGAGAGUCUUUCCACAUGCAGAAAUUGGAACACAUAAAGCAUUAGACUCAGGUAUUUCUUGUCCUCUGCUAGAAAGUGACUUGGCAUAUAGUGAUGAUGAUGUUCCAUCAGUAUAUGAAAAUGGACUUUCUCAGAAAUCUUUUAAUAAGACAAAAGAAAAUUUUAAUUUUCUUCAUUUGAAUAGAAAUGCUUGUCACCAACCUAUGUCUUUUCGACCAAGAAUAUUGAUAGUAGGAGAACCAGGAUUUGGGCAGGGCUCUCACUUGGCACCAGCUGUCAUCCAUGCUUUGGAAAAAUUUACAGUGUAUACAUUAGACAUUCCUGUUCUUUUUGGAGUCAGUGCUACAUCUCCUGAGGAAACAUGCGCCCAGAUGAUACGUGAAGCUAAGAGAACAGCACCGAGUAUAGUGUAUGUCCCACAUAUUCACUUGUGGUGGGAGAUAGUUGGACCAACACUCAAAGCCACAUUUACCACAUUAUUACAGAAUAUUCCUUCAUUUGCUCCAGUUUUACUGCUUGCAACUUCGGACAAACCCCAUUCUGCUCUGCCAGAAGAGGUGCAAGAAUUAUUUAUCCGUGGUUAUGGAGAAAUUUUUAAUGUCCAAUUACCUGGUGAAGAAGAACGAACAAAAUUUUUUGAAGACUUAAUUCUAAAACAAGCUGCUAAGCCUCCUAUAUCAAAGAAGAAAGCGGUUUUGCAGGCAUUGGAGGUACUCCCAGUAGCACCACCACCUGAACCAAGGCCACUGACAGUAGAAGAAGUGAAACGGCUAGAAGAACAAGAAGAAGAUACAUUCAGAGAACUGAGAAUUUUCUUAAGAAACGUUACACAUAGGCUUGCUAUUGACAAGCGAUUCCGAGUAUUUACUAAGCCUGUUGACCCUGAUGAGGUUCCUGAUUAUGUCACUGUCAUAAAGCAGCCAAUGGACCUUUCAUCUGUAAUCAGUAAAAUUGAUCUACACAAGUAUCUGACUGUGAAAGACUAUCUGAGUGAUAUUGAUCUAAUCUGUAGUAAUGCUCUAGAAUACAAUCCAGAUCGAGAUCCUGGAGAUCGUCUUAUUAGGCAUAGAGCCUGUGCGUUAAGAGAUACUGCCUAUGCAAUAAUUAAAGAAGAACUUGAUGAAGACUUUGAACGCCUUUGUGAAGAAAUUCAGGAAUCUAGAAAGAAGAGAGGUUGUAGCUCUUCCAAAUAUGCCCCAUCUUAUUACCAUGUGAUGCCAAAGCAAAAUUCCGCUCCUGCUGGUGAUAAGAGAUCAGACCCAGAGCAGAAUGAAAAGCUAAAGAUGUCCAGCACUCCUGUGGCUUGCAGCACCCCUGCUCAACUGAAGAGAAAAAUUCGCAAAAAGUCUAAAUGGUACUUAGGUACCAUAAAAAAAAGAAGGAAGAUUUCACAGGCAAGAGAUGAUAGCCAAAAUGCAGUGGAUGACAAAAUUGAGAGUGAUACAGAGGAAAAUCAAGAUACAAGUGUAGACCAUAAUGAGACUGGAAACACGGGAGAUUCUUCAAUGGAAGAAAACGAGAAGCAGCAGAAUGUCUCUGAAAGCAAGAUGAAGUUGGGAAGUACUAACUCUAGUAAUUGUAGUAUUGAGAAUGAACUGGAAGAAUCUAGGAAGAGUAUGACGUGUACAGAAUUGAGAAAAGAUAACACUGCUUGCAGUGGCGAUACUUCUGGCUCUCAGAUAAUAGAUAAUUUGGAUGAAAAUGAAGCAAACGAAAUGUGUGUUCUGCGAAUGACUCGAGCUAGACGUUCCCAAGUAGAGCAACAGCAGCUCAUCAGUGCUGAAAAGGCUUUGGCAAUUCUUUCUCAGCCUACACCCUCACUUGUUGUGGACCAUGAGCGAUUAAAAAAUCUUUUGAAGAUGGUUGUUCAAAAAAGUCAAAAAUACAAUAUAUUUCAGUUGGAAAAUUUGUAUGCUGUAAUCAGCCAGUGUAUUUAUCAGCAUCGCAGGGACUAUGACAAGACAACGCUUAUUCAGAAAAUGGAGCAAGAAAUAAAAAAGUUCAAUUGUUCCAGAUCGUGAUGUCUUCAUGGUAUCUCAUUUUCUUUCUAUUCAAUUCCUAUUUAAUUCACUUUUGAUGAAAUCCUACAUCUUUGACGAAAAGUUUAAAAUAGUAAAAUUAAAGUAUUUAAACUGUCCUGGUAUUUAUGUACAUGUGUAAGAUAAAUUACAGAGAUAACUGACAAAUAUUGGAAGUUUGAUUAAACAAGACAUUGUAGUAAUAUUAAUGCUGUGGCAUAUCAGUAGCUGAAGUGUGGCCAACUCUUAAUAAAGUUGUUUUGAUAACUAAUGUUUUAUGAUACUUAAGAGUAAUUAGUGCUAUUGAAUUUUUCUUGUUGUAAGCACUUCUAAUUUUAUCCUUCUGAAAAUUACUUUAUUGAAUCAGACUACAAGCUUACUUAACUGUUGUGUCUUUGCCUUCUUUUCUAUCAUCUUUUGAUUUUUUUUUUUCUUUUUAAUGCUUUUCUCUCAUCUGCUUUAUAUUUUCCCCUGUUCAUUCACUUAAGAGUCAGUGUUCAAUUCAUGAUUUGUGGGAGGGCCCUUGAACAACUUCUGGCUACACCAUAAUUCUGUACUUGAACAUAAAAAUGAAUCCUUUUUAGAUAAACAUUUUGUAAUGCUAAUUUGGGUUAAUAAAGAUUUUAAAUAUUUUUCCGCUUUUAUGACUAUAUACAUAACAAAUAUUGUUAAACAUCUCUUUCGUAGCACAAAGUUUUGAUAUUUGAAAACUGCUUACAUCCUUCUAAAAUUGUAUAUAGGCUGUAUCCUACAGAUACCUUUUAUAUGCAAGUGUAUAAAUAUAAAUAUUAUAUAUUUUGUAUUAAUGAAACCAAAAAUACAUUUCUUUUUUAAAGUAAUAAAGGCAUUCGCCACUAUGCUUCUUUUUCCUUUUAAAGAGACAGUCUAAUACUGGUUUCUAAAGCUUCUAUUAGAAACCUUUUUCAAGGGGAAUGGGGUUGAAAAUCUAAAUGAGAUAUUCUGGGACUCUUUAGUACAAUUUUGAAUUGAGCCACCUUUGUACCUGAUUUAUCUGGAUAUUAUAUUUAAAGCCUUCUAAAAAGCAUCAUUUAGUAUCAACUUUAAUUAGUAGAUACUGUCUUAUGUAAUACAACACAAUCAUCAUAAAGCAUUGCCAGUCACUGAAAACACUUAAAUAUGUGUAUAUUUCUUGGUAUAAAUACUUCUAUUGAAGUUUAUGAUAACUUAUUAUUCUUACAGAUGCUUCUGUUAUAACUAGGAUUUCAUUUUAUAUGUAUACCUUGUGUAAUAAAUUUUA